UUUGAGGAAAAGACAUCACUUUAGCGCAUAAUUCUUUAAAAAAAUAUAUAUAUUUGACUUUCGCCUCCCUGCCAGCUAUGGGCGACAUCAGUGAAGCAUCUCUGCUGGAUUAUAUUUAUUCUUCUGGAGGAAAAGUCAAAAAUUCAGAUUUGUCCAAAACCUAUAAGCAUUUUAUAAACCAUAGCGAUCUGCAACUACGUGCCACAUACAGAGAAGAUUUUAAACUCAUCAUUGACCGUAUUGCGGUGGUGAAAUCAGAGAAUGGAGAGAAAUACCUCGUCCUUAAGAAGAAGUAUAGACAAUUGAUGGAAGAAUCUGGUCAUGGAAAGGAAGGAGAAUCAAGCAAAAUGUUUCAUCAAACUCUUCAGAAUGAGCUCCGGGUUUUAAACCCAGUGCAGAACCCUCAGCCAACACACGUGACUCCAAAACAGAAGCCAGCACAGGUGGCCUGGUGCACAGGGCCCAUAAUCACAGUCUCAGAGGCCCCAGAACUGACCCAUACACAUGAUGAGGCAGACUGCACCCCUUUACUUCCGACAGCUGUGGAGAAACUGGAGGCUGUGACGGAGAAACUAGAGGCUCUAACUGAGGAACUGUCAGCAUCAGACAGAGAACAUGACCUCGAUAAAGACUCUGGGUCAAAGAGUGAAUCAGAGCAGGAUGAGGAAUGUGAAUGCAGUUUGGGACCCACUGCAGUGGCUCUGGACCCUAUUGAGAAAGAAUGGAUUUUCUCAGCAGCAGAUGGCAAACUGUCUCACCUCACUCUGCUGUUGAAACAGGACUCUUCUCUGGCCAAUAAAAAGGUGAGGAGAACGUUACAUCAUGAGUGCUCUCCUGUUUCCUGUGAGGUGGCAGUGCCCAGGAACCUCAAUGACUCCACUGCUGUCACAGUGCUGUUAAGAAUGAGCUUUGAGCCAGUGUUUGUGGUCCCUGCCUGGGCCAGAGUUCUCACACUGUCCUGUGUUGGACCACCUUCUAAGAACCCCUAA